AUGAUGUUCCUUUGGCAAUUCUUUGCAGCUACUAUGAUUGCUGGAUUUGAUUCGUUCUUCAUCUUAGUGACAUUUCAUUGUGUCGCUAAAAUGUCUGUUUGCUGUUCAAAAGCAUCAAGAAUCGAUGGAAAAACUGAUGAAAAUUUCAUUUCUGAUUUGGUUGAAAAACAUUUACGUGUUAUGGAAAUGAUCAGAAUGUCUGCAAGAAUAUUCAACCAAACAUGCUUUCAUCAACUUUUCACAACAUUUGGCGUCAUAUGUGAGAAGUUUCAAGAGUCGAUUUAUUGUUCGAAAUGGUAUGAAAUUGAAAGCAUUUCAGAUAGAAAGAAAAUUCUGUUCAUGUUGAUGAUGUCACAACGUAGAAAGGAAUAUUCGUUCUUUGGAAUUAAACCUUUGAACUUGGAAACCUUUGCAUAUGUCGUCAAGCAAGCUUACACUUUUACAAAACAAAAAAGUUUUUUGUAUGGAGGCACUUGA